AGAAAACGUUUAUAUAAGCGCGCGCGCUCUCUCUCUCUUUACGAAGAAGAAUACCACAACUCAAAAGAGUAGCACAAAUAUAUAUAGUUGAAAGAAGUAAAAAGCUGAAGCAGUGAAGCUAAGACUAGAAGCAUGGCUAUGGAUCUAGCAGUGGUAAACUAUGGUUCAUACAAGACGAGACCAUCGGCGCUUCUCAACUCUGUCUUCAUGACAACGGUAAAUGCAGCAGCAAAGACCCUUGUGGCGGUGGCAUCAAAUGCGAAGGCGGCGGACCAGCAGUCGGAGAGGUGGAGGCCGGCGGACCACUUGAGGUUCAUGAUGAUGCUCAUGACUUGGUUGGUCGUUUGGGUUCUAAGGGUAUUGAUGGAUCACUGCCCUUUCGCUGUUGGUGAUUCCUAUUCACUUGAUGGUGGUGGAAUUGGGUCCUCAUCUUUUGAUUUAAUGUUGCCAUCUUCAUCCUCCGGUGGUUUUUCUAUGGAUUUGGUGCUUCAGGAAGAUUCUAGUAGACAAGCUCCUUCUGCCAAAGCUCUUGGUAGAGCUCUCACCCAUAUACUGGCGUUGCUAAAUGAGAUUCCAGCUUCCUCGAGGAAGUACCAGUUUGCACUGGGGAUGGCUGACAAGAUCGUAGAUGAGAACACCAGAUCCGGACACGUGGAGAUGAUCCAAGUCAAUCGUGCGGCCUUGGCUUCCGCAUUCGCGCGUACAUCAGGACUCUUAUAUAGCUCUUUAAAGAGUCCCCGUAUGUCGGAGGAUUCAGGGACGUGGCCUUCACGCAUUCUUCGAUCCCUGCCUUUGGGUUCUUUUGUGGCAUCAUCGCUCAGAGGUUUGGGCACAUUUUUCCCAUGGGUGGGAACUGCCGCAAGCCUCUUUCAAAACAAGAGGCAACCAGCUGUUCCCGGUCUUGAGGAGAGUGUGAAUGACUUGGCGGCUGAGAAACACGCGCAAGAGUUGUUAUGGAUAACGAAUAAGAUGGUGGAGUGUGGUGCUGUGGAUGAAGCGUUGGUGCAAUGGAGCUUAUCUUCUGGCUUGGCUUCUAUUUCUCUCUCGACUAAUCCUAGGGUGCAAGGAUUCAUGGUCAAGAUCACAGCGAUAUUAUUUGGAGAGCUCAACAGAGUUAAGCAUGAGGUUCCAAGACAAGUGAAGUUCAACAUACUGGUGCUGUGGCUUCCAUUGUUCUGCUAUGCAGAUAACGGACUUUCGUAUCCAGUAUUGACCGGGUAUGAGAAGGUUGAGAUGGAGAAAACACUGGACGAUGUGAUAUCUACACUACCCACAAUCGAUCAAGAGGUUAUACUCAGCAACUGGCUGCAAGAUUUCACGACAACAUCGUCAGACUGGCCAAAUCUCCAGAAAUCAUAUGACCUUUGGUGCCAUUCCACUCGCGAUCUCAUUCCAGGAGUUAUGCAGGAAGGAGGAGAAUUUUGUGGUCUUUUAGAGUAAUAUAUAGUUGUAAGUAGGAUCUGUGGUUUUUUUUUUUUUUUUUUUGAAUGCUGUAGAC